AUGUCCGAGCCUCUAUUUACGGCAGUUUCGUUUUACUCCCUAGCAGGUGUUGUAGGAAUUCUUGGGACUGCAUAUGGGGCAUCAAAUAGUUUGCUGAGGAAAAACGCGUCCUUUGGGGAGCGUGCCGCUUUUGUUUGGUUGGCAUUUGAUGCACUCAUUCAUUUCAUCUUCGAAGGGUCAUUUUUGUACUAUUCGACUUUUGGACGAACUGUGAAUAAUGGCAUAGGAAUGUUCGCUACUAUGUGGCGUGAAUAUGCACGGGCGGAUUUUAGAUGGGGAACGGCAGAUGAAACAGUCGUGUCACUUGAGCUGUUGACCGUGUUUGGCGCCGGCCCGCUGUGUUGUUACAUUCUGUAUCAGCUUAUAAACAACGACCCAAGGAGACAUUAUUGGAUUAUUGUGCUCUGUACAGCUGAAUUGUAUGGCGGUUGGAUGACCUUCUGUCCCGAAUGGCUAACAGGGUCCAAGAACCUCCGGACCGACAACUUCUUGUACUUCUGGGUAUAUCUCAUGUUAAUGAAUUUACUCUGGGUCUUUAUCCCUCUAUGGCUUAUGGUAGACUCCUAUGGUGUUAUCACCUCCGCAGUGAGGAAUCAUGUCAAGGGAGCGAAAGCUAGUUGA